UAUUUGUGUUUUUCGUUGUUUCUUAGGAAUUGUCGGAAUCCCAAGUUGCCGAAAUCCCUGUUCCCCUCUCUCUCUAUAAAUCAUUACCCUCAUUUUCUCUCUCAUACACUUUCAUUCACCCACAGACACACAGAAGGAUGGGAGCCUGUGCGACGAAGCCAAAGGUUCUCAAGCCUGACUCCGGCGACGCUCCGGCUCCGGCUCCGGCGCCAGAGCCUUCUCCGGAGAAGACGGUGCCCGAAACUAAACUGGAGGAUGGCACCAGCGACGCCCAGGGCACGGAGAUCGUCGAUGAAGACAAGGUGGAUUCUAAGCCUCGUUGUCUCAGCCAUUUGUUCAAUGAUCAGGAGAAGACAGCAGCAGCGGAUCCAUCGGAGAAGGAAGAGAUCCCACCGGAAUCUGAGAAGAAAAUGAACCCACCGCCGGAGGAGAAGCCGUCUGAAACUAUCCCACCGGAAACAGAGAAGAAAAUAAACCCUCCGACGGAGGAGAAGCCGUCUGAGACCAACCCACCGGAGCCGGAGCCACCAGUUUCCGACUCUGUUACAGAAAAUGCAGGACCAAUUGAAAGCAAUAUCAAAGUCGAAGUUCCCGAUGAGAACAAGCCUCCGCCUGAGAAGACAGAGUCGCCGGAGAAACCCACUGAAACAGAGGAACCAGUGAUCAAAGUAAUCAGCAAUUAAGAAAAGCUUGGUGUGUCACUUUUUUUUCUUCCCUUUUUUGAGAUAAACCGAGUAAUAAUAAAUCAGUCUUCUGAGAAUUAUUGAA